AUUACUGAUUAUUGAACUUUCUUUUCAGAUUGUUGAUUGCAAUCUUGUAGAGAAUAAAGGAUAUAUAAAAAUUAAAGUAGAAAUUCCCAAGCAUCCAGAUUUUAGAGAAAUUAUAACAAAUGAAAAAUACAUUUGCAUGAACAACUAUAUGCCAGGAUAUCUAGUAGCAAGGAAGCUUGGAAUAGGCAGUUAUCUAUUUUCACGAAUGACUGGAACAUUUUUUGUUCAGACUAAUUCUCGAGAAAGCAUGAAUGCGAAUAAAGUGAAUAUAGGAUUAAAUUUGAAGUUUAAUGCUAAAAAUGAAGAGAUUCCUGGUUUUUCAAAAAAGUCAGAUGAUGGAACUUGGUUAUAUUCUGAUAAAGCACUUGAAAUUAUGGAUAAUUAUUUGAGAGAGUUUCCUGAAUUAUUUGAAAAGCUAGUUACUUUGUCAGAUCAUGAUAUAGUUCAUAUAAGCAAUUUAUUUUCGUCUGAAGAAGAUGGAAAGGAAAUGCUGAAAAAAAUAACUAACUGGUUAAAAUCUCAACCAUGUGCAUCUGUGGAAAGGAGGAGUUGCAAUGCUAGAGUACUAGACAUCUCAAUUGUAAAAGUUAUUGAAGAUGUUGUUGACAACAAUCAGAAAAGUGAAAACAAAUCAAAGUAUGUCUUGACAUUGGAAAAGCCAAAUCUUUUAUAUUGUCCUGCAAAUACAGUUGGAUGGUCUGCACCAGAUCCUCAAGCCAAAUAUGAGUUAUAUGACAGAGUUAUAGCAGUACAAGAGAAUCAUACAGUACCAUUAGGUACAAGAGGCACUGUUAUAGGAAUUAAUGAAAAUGAAAAGCAGAAUGAAACUUUAUAUACAAUAGUAUUUGAUAAUGAGUUUAUGGGUGGUCUUGAAUUAAACUGUUCUAAAUCACGAGGUUAUCAAAUGAAACCUUCUGAUUUAAUAAAUAUUUCUUAUGGUGAAAGAGUUAAUUUACUUGAUAUUGGAAAGAAUUUUAAGUCAAAUCAACAGUCAAUUUAUAAUGAGAUUAAUAUUGAUUAUAAUCAAAAAUAUAAUGGUGAGGCAUCUCAACAGGAAAAAUACGUGUGGGGUAGUCCAGAACAAGGAAAACUAAAGAAACGAACUUUUAGACAAAAAUAUGUUCCUCCUCGUCUACAAGGAUCACCCCGAAUCUCCUCUGAUAAAAUUUCUAUUCUAAAACAAGAAAGUGAUAAUUCUAUACAAUCUAAUGAGAUGGCUCAAAAAUCUACUUCAUAUAAUAUGAAGCCUACAAGUCCAUUACAACAGCUUAAUCAUUCACCACAUUCUCCAUUUAUUCCACAAGAUCGUGAAAUGAAUGAAAAUGAAACCCCUGAAAAAACCAAUGUCCAGAAAUUUAUAACGCCUAAAAUUCCAACAAAUCAUGCUAAAGAUUUUUCACAAAGAAGUGGAACACAAGAUUUUAAAAUGAAACAAACAAAAAUAGAUGAUUUUGAAAAUAUCUGGGAAGGGUUACGACAGACUCGAGAUCCAUUUCCUCCUCAGCCCUCUGGUGGUCAUCCUGCAUUCAGCAAGCAGUUAUCAGUUGAAGAACUUUUUCAAGGAGCAAAAGAAGCAGAAAAUGCAAUUAAUCAGUCCAUAUCAUUGAAACCAAAUGUACAUUCUUCAGACAAAAUGUUAAAUCGGCAUAAGAGUUGUGCUAUUACAGAAUUAAAUAAUCUUUCAAAUUCUCUUUGGAAAAAAUCUCCCAUUUAUAAAGAUCUUACUGCUGGACCAAUGAGUACUUGUCAAGCAGAAGUGAUAUUACCAAAUGGAAAAAACUUCAGCAGUAUUAUUUCUCCUUCAAUUCAAAAGGCAAGAGAGAGUGCAGCAGAACAAGCAUUAGCUUUCAUGAAAAGAAUUAAUAAUACUCCUGUGAUAUGGAAAACUCAUAAUCCAUUUGUAAAUUUAGGAUCUUGUAUCCGUCCAAAUUCUGCCUUUUCUCCUAAUAUUUCAGCUUAUAGUCCAAUUAAUAGUUACACGGUUCCACAAUUUCCAUUUUCCCAUCAACGUGCGCCUACAGGUGAUACAUUUUUGAUGCGACAUCCUCCUCCUCCACCUACGGCAUUCAUACCUGAAUCGUUUGUAAAUUCUAAUCGUCAGAUUUUGGAUGGUCCACUUUCAGUUGCCUCACAAAUAAACCAUACAAUGAACAAGCCUCCUUUCUUUAUUUCAAACAGUACAAAAAAAUCUGUUGUAAAUAAAACAUGUGAAAUUACAAGAAAAACAGAAUUUAGUCAAAAACAAUUAAAAAAUGAAAGAAAUGACAGUUCUGACAUGUUUGUGCCUUUGCAGGUGACAAAACAGCAGUCUGCUUUAAAAAAGAGUCAGGAAGAAAAUAAAACUUCAACCAAAUCCUCACAAGAAAGUAAUUCUGCAGGAGGUAAAAACAAAUCUUCGCAAUCUUUGCCGAAAAAAGAAACACAAACAAAAAAGAAACAACAUAGAAAGUCAAGGUUAGCUGUAAAAUUUGGAAAUGAUGGUAGUUAAUUAUUAAAAAUCUCAAAGCAAAUUUGGCUACCAUGUAGCAUUAAGAUGUUUUAUUUGGAAUGAACAGAUGUUUUUAAUCUAAAAGAUAGAAAAACUGUAUAUAUUUAUAUAUAUAUACAAACAUUAUAAUUGUCUUAAAGAUUUUAAUAUUUUGUAAAGUACAUUUAUUUUCAUUAAUGGAUUGUUUCCCAUAUUAUUUUUAGCGACUAUCUACUGCGUAUAGAAAUUGUAUAAUGUUGACACCAAACAAAACAUUUGUAAUUAGUUCUCUUUUUCCUGUUUUCUACCUCCAAACUUAAUAUGAAAGCGAUGUAUGUUAGUAGCAUUUCAAUUGAGUUUUUUAAACAAACAAUGCUGAAAUUACAAUAAAAAUAUUUUAUUUUUUAAAUUUGUGAUUUAUUUUUAUACCUUCAAAUUUCUUUUUUUUUUUGGGUGUCCUUAACAUUUUAAGAGGUAGUCUGAGUAACAAAUGUUCCUGGUUACACAAACACAUUUUGUCUCCUUGCUUGAGUCAUAUCAUGUAUUCCUUACUCCAUUAAAAUUAGCCAAAAAAAUAUGCAGUAUAUAAUUAGAUUAAUUUGUCUUUCUUUAACCAACAAAACUAUUUGUCAAAUAGGUGACAUCACUUUUCUUUACAAAACAAUAGCAUAGAGGCUUUUUAUAUUUACAAUACUUUAAAUAUGGUAUGGUAUGUGGUUGAAAACAUUACCAUAUGCAAAGGUCUGGUAACUUAAUGUAAUAAAAAUAUUUUGAUCUUCAAAUUUACAAUUAAUUUUGAUUCAUAAUUUAUAGAAUAUGAUUAUGGGAUACAGAAGGCAUUUCAAAAAGAAUCUAGUGAGUUUGUUAAAUCUAUUAGCGAAACAAUUACUAUUAGCAUCCAGUAUAUUUUAAAAUAUACUUGAUGUGAUAUUUUUGGCAAUAUUGUGCUUAUAAGUUACUCCCUCCUAGCAUCAACAAUAUCUGGACCCUUACAUAAUGACUCUUCAAAGAAAUGAUAUUCUAGAACAGUGUUCUUCAACCUUUUCACACCUGCAGACUGGCAAAAAUAGGAAUAUUUCGCAGACCGGCAGAAGGCUAAACAUAAAUUUUCUUAGACACGGGUGAUGUGUGCAACUGUCAUAACUUUAUUCAAACAAUUGCAAUAAUCAAAAAUAAUUAAAAACUGUUUACAUUAAUUACAAAUUUAAAAUCUUGUAAUUACAAAAUUUCCUGCCAGUCUACAAAUUUCUUAUGGACCAGCACUGGUCUACAGAAUCAAGGUUGAAGAACAUUAGUCAUACUGAUUAACUUCAAGAUAAGUGUAUUAAUGUCACCUAGACAAUGAUGAUUCACUUACAAUGAAAGAA